AUUCUUUGAGAAGCCCACCUGCCACACAAAACAAGGCCAGCCCAUGCCGGCUGGCCCAACACCACCACCGAAUGUCACAAACCCACCCCCGUUCCGGAUAGCGUAACCCCGAAAACAAUCACCGCCUGCAGCCUCUCGUGACUCUCGUCUUCAAGUACGGCACUAGAACGUACCGAAUACCCUCAGCUCACUUCACUCCACAGCUUCGCACAAUCAAGCGGUCACGCGCACCCUUUAUUCUGAUUCUCCUAAUUACACCCAAAUCAAGCAACCUCCAAUUCCCUCGCGACCCCACUCUUUGCUCUGUCCCCUGUACUCAACUCAAUCUUCUUGGCAUCAGUACAGGUUCGCCGUUUGGGGGUAAGUGAGAACUACAGAUGGUGCGAAUAAUACCUAUGGCGUCGACCUUACGUCCUUCUCUCUCGGCUCUGAGGUUUUCUGGGGCUUCCAGAUUGGGAGUCUCAGUAUCUUCUUUUAACCCUUCUCGCAAAAUCUCUUCCUUUCAUCUGGGUAGCGCUGUACCACAGUCGCAUUCCUUUGGCCUGAAAGCUUCUAAGUUGUUAAAGGGGGGAGGAAAAAGAUUGGGUGUUGGCACAGCUGGAAGUAUGGCGCAAGCCAGCACUGCUGCAACCCAAGAAAAUGUCUUAGAAUGGGUCAAAAAGGAUAAACGAAGAAUGCUACAUGUUGUUUAUCGAGUUGGGGAUUUGGAAAGGACCAUAAAAUUCUACACAGAAUGCCUGGGUAUGAAGCUGUUGCGAAAACGUGAUAUACCAGAAGAGAGAUACACGAAUGCCUUUCUUGGAUACGGGCCCGAAGAUUCUCACUUUGUUAUUGAGCUCACAUACAAUUAUGGAGUUGACAAGUAUGAUAUUGGAACUGGCUUUGGGCAUUUUGGUAUUGCAGUUGAGGAUGUUGGCAAGACUGUUGAUCUCAUAAAGGCUAAGGGAGGCAAAGUAACCAGGGAAGCUGGCACUGUCAAAGGUGGCAGUACCGUGAUUGCAUUCAUUGAAGAUCCUGAUGGUUAUAAGUUUGAACUUUUGGAGAGGGGUCCAACACCUGAACCCUUAUGUCAACUGAUGCUUCGUGUUGGAGAUCUUGAUCGUUCCAUAAAGUUUUAUGAGAAGGCUUUCGGCAUGGAGCUUCUUCGCACUCGAGAUAAUCCAGAGUACAAGUAUACAAUAGCUAUGAUGGGCUAUGGUCCUGAAGACAAAAAUGCUGUGCUGGAGUUGACAUACAACUAUGGGGUGGCUGAAUAUGACAAAGGCAAUGGUUAUGCUCAGAUUGCAAUAGGCACGGAUGAUGUUUAUAGAACUGCAGAAGCAAUCAAACUCUGUGGUGGGAAAAUUACUCGAGAACCUGGACCAUUACCUGGAAUCAACACCAAGAUUACUGCAUGCUUGGAUCCUGAUGGUUGGAAGGCGGUAUUUGUCGAUAAUAUUGAUUUUCUCAAGGAGUUGGAGUGAAUCUUAGGAGCUUCAUCAUCCAAGCUUUUGCAGCCAAUGGAACCCACAUGGAGAUUGUAAUGGUUGCUGCCGUGAACAACUUCUGGCCGAAGAUUACUCUUUGGAGAAGCAUUCCAAGAGAGUGCAUCGAUCAAAUCCGUUUUGUAGAUAAAAUCAUUAUUAAUGCGUUUUGUAGAAAUUUGAUAUAUUUAUUGAGCAUCUAGCCUCGGAUUGAUGGGUUUGUGGGAAGUCUGAGAUAUAUUUAUAUGUUUAUUUAAUUCUUUUUGUUAAGUUUGUUUCAAUCAAAAGGGUGUUACUAGUGAGGCAUGGCUACCUCCUUAAGGAGAGCCUACUGUAAGCCUGACAGAAAGCAACAUUUCUUGAAUUGUUUCAUGUUUAAUAUGAGUCUGAUGUGUGCCAAUAUCAGUUUGAGCAGAUAAAA